AAUUCAUUUUCUAGUGUUGUGCAUGUUUUGGCCCUAAAGGUGGAAGACAAAACUACUGUGGUCCUAAAUGUACUGCAAUUAAUGGAGGAACAGUAAUGAAGAAAACUUUUGUUUGGUUUUGGGUUCGAACUCGAAUGCCUACUCGACUGUGGGAACGGUGCAUGGAGUUUAAAGUUAAUAAUUCUGCAGGCAAAUAUGAAAAACAUUACAUUGAUCCAAAAACUGGCACUAUAUAUAAGGUAACAACAGACAUAAAUACAAAACCUUAAUUAAUUAAAACGGCCUUUUAUUCAGACGUUAGAAUAGAGUGUAAUUAGAUUAUUUUUAAUCAUGGAAAAAAACUAAAAUUUAUACACAGUUAUAAAAACGUGUUUUUUAAUUUUCAUGAAAUGAUUAAUUUUAUACAUGGGAAACGUGAAAUGGCUGUUUUUCUUCACAUGAAACGGAUUUGUAACACUUCCUCUUUCUACUCUUAUUAAAGGACACAAGAUAAAACAAAACAAAACAAAACGGAACAGAACCAAACAGAACAGGACAGGACAGGGCAGAAUUGGACAGGACAGAAUAGGACAGAAUAGGACAGAAUAGAACAGAAUAGGACAGGACAAGACAGGACAGAACCGAACCAGGGAAUUGUUUAACUAUAUAACUACUGGGGCAUUUGCCGCAGUAGGCCCUUUGCUUGCCCCAGUAGUGAAGCAUGUUUUUAAAUUAGCUGGGUCCUUCUGAUUAUUAGUAAAAGGUUAAAACACUCCCAAUCCAUCAUGUGGUCGGCAAAUUAUCUAAUCCCAGUUGGAUGAAAAGAAAUACUAAUUAGCGUUUCAAAUUAGUACCCCAUAUUUCACUUACACCCACCCAUGCACCGUCUAUUCAAAUAUCAGUGCCGCUGCCCCUGACUAGCACAGAGUGAUUUUUAUGUACCUGUAUAAACUGUGUGGAGAAAAUGCCCUCAUUGAGACUAAGCCCCAGGAGUUGUAAUAUCUAACCGUGGCUAAACCGAAUAGAACGGAAAACAUUCAAAACAGGACAAAAAUGGAAACACCACCACCACCAAACAAUACACAACUAUUGCUAUAAACACAACAACAAACACAACAGUGACAACAACGAUAAAUAAUCACAUGAACAUGCAACAAAGAUUAUACAAUAAAUUCAAUGUUUGAUAAAGAAUGACAACUUUUCAUUUCAUGACGACAAUGACAUAUUGUGCUUUUUUUAGAGUUCCUGUUCAAAACAAUUUAAGACUUUUUUGAACGAAGGUGUAAGUAUAUAAUAAUAAUAAUAAUUUAAUAUUUAUAUCGCGCAAAUUUACAUGAGAAUAUGAUCAAUAUUUAAUAUUCUGGAGCUUCGUUUCAGCUACGCCUUUUUAUUCUUUUAUCUGAUAACUUCAAAACAAUUUAAUAUCAAACGGAGAGGACAAGAAAGCAAAGAGAGGGAAACAAAAACAGCACUCGUAUGUUGUAACGAGCAAGAACAAUACACUUCCUACGUUUUUUGACGCUUUUUUAUUUUAUUUUACUUAUACUUUUAAUCAAUUCUAAAUUUGAAACAGCAACCAGAAACGAGAUUCAGGCUCAUAUUGAUCAUUGCCUGUUGAUUAAAAAUUAAGAAAAUAUUUAAAAAUAUAUUGAAAAUGUUUUGUGUCAAAAUAUUUUCAGAAUCAAUCAGGAUAAAAGUAUAUAAAAUUAAUAUAAAGUCUUGAUUAAUUAUUUUAAUUUAAUUUAAUGUCCACUCAAGCGAAGCAAAGUUAUCUUUUUGUUGCAUUAUUUAAUUGACAAAAUAUUUUCGAAUAAUGGCUAUUCAUCAUGAUACUUUAUCAAAUGAGUACUGUAUAAUUUAUAGACAUUUGUUUCUCCUUUACUUUUUAGGAAUGACUGGCACAUACACGGCAUAUCAUGAAAAUUAAUUUUUAUCAUGAUGCUUUGCCAUACACUUUAUACACAACUGAUUCUUCAGGGUACAAACUACUGUACUUUCGUUUGUAGACUUUGACGGUAUCGAACAAAGAAAAUUUCGAAAAAAUUCCGAAUGUUCCAGGUCUUCUUUCAUACCGUGCAGAUAAUAAACAUCUUUAUGUCAAUGAAGGAUCUGAGUGGCAAGCAUUAAGCACUAAACAAGAGGUUAGUUACCCCAAAAGGUUAAAUUUAUAUAUAUAUAUAUAUAUAUAUAUAUAUAUAUAUAUAUAUAUAUAUAUAUAUAUAUAUAUAUAUAUAUAAACAGCCUUGUUUUUCGUUAUAGAUAAAAGAGUGCUCAAUACUACAAAUAUUUAGCACAGCGAAUUAAUUGUAUAUCAUAAAAAUUGAAACAUUUUAAGAUAACUAAUUAAAUGUAAAUAAAUAUAUAUAUAUAUAUAUAUAUAUAUAUAUAUAUAUAUAUAUAUAUAUAUAUAUAUAUAUAUAUAUAUAUGUUAUAUAUAUAUAUAUAUAUAUAUAUAUAUAUAUAUAUAUAUAUAUAUAUAUAUAUAUAUAUAUAUAUAUAUAUAUAUAUAUAUAUAUAUAUAUAUAUAUAUAUAUAUAUAUAUAUAUAUAUAUAUAUAUAUACAUAAAUAUAUAUAUACUAGAUAAAACAUGAGCAACCGAUUUUAAUUUAGAUCGGAUGCGAAUAUAUUAUCUCUUCUGAAAUUAUAUAUAUAGGCCACAUGCACUUGCAAUAUCUAUAUACUUUCUGUCAUUUUAACCUGCUGAAGGCUGCAGUCAGACAGUCGAAAGCUUUCAUCAUAAAAUAUUACGACCAUAGGGCGUCUGACCUAACAAGUAUACAGAGUGUAUAAAAAAAACUGAACAGGUUUAAAAUUGCUCUCAAUUUCGCAAAACAGCUAUUUGUAUCCGGUUUUUUUAUAUAUAUAGCCUCUUUGGGUACUUAUAAUGUGGAAUAAUGAGAAAAAUUUCUCGAACUCAAAUUUUGUGAAGCAGGGGGGUGUGUCUUUUCCACCAAACUAAAAAUGGCUCGCGCACAAAAUUUAAAAGAUGCAAUCAUAGUUUGAGUUAACAGAUGUAAAAUUUGUCGGGUUUUUUGUCAGGCAAUUUGGUUUAGCUCAAAGUUACACGCAAAGUUACAUUUUUCCUAAAAAUCAGCUAUGUGCAUGCUUAAUUAAUACAUUUGCCUAAUUUGCAUAUAUCAGCAAUAUGCAAAUUAGGUAAAGGCAUUAAUUAAGCAUGCGAAAGGCUGACUUUUUAGAACAAAAUGAAUAUAUUGUUAAAGGGCUUAAACUAAACCAAAUUGUCUGAAAUUUUGUACAGUAAUUAAAAACCCGACCGAUUCUCCAUCUAUUAACUCAAAAUAUGAUUACAGCUUUUAAAUUUUGUGCGCGAGCCAUUUUUAGUUUGUUGGAAAAGACACAGCCCCCUGGUUCACAAAAUUUGAGUUCGAGAAUUUUUUUUCAUUAUUUUACAUUAUAAGUACCCAAAGAAGCUAUAUAUAUAUAAAAAAGUGGAUACAUAUAGGUGUUUUGCGAAAUUGAGAGCAAUUUCAAAUCUGUUCAGUUUUUUUUUAUACACCCUGUAUACGGUUGCACCUAUUAUCUUAUUGAAGAUUAGAUCCUUUAUUCUAUAGCUUCAACAAUUAAAGCAAAGUCUAGAAAACAAAAUUAAGGAGCUGAAGAAACAAAAUGAAGGUAACCAAAAAUACAUUACUACACACUCAGUCCUCGUCCCGAUAAUAAAGUAGUACAAAAGAGCAUGAUAAAUGUUCUUUUCUCCCUUAAGUAAUCGAUCGCCAUUGUUAUUAAGAGAGAAAGCUACUGCAUCGGAUAAAUAGUAGUUUUCUAACAGAUUGAUGGACUGCCAAGGACAAGGUGGCGGAGUGAUAACGGCCUGUGAUUGAAACAAACUCUUAAACUUUUUCUUCUUAGUUAUGACUUCUAGCGAGUAUUAUUGGAUUUGGCGUGAUGAAUUUUGGGGUUGGGCUUUGUUUAUUUAAUCAGAUUAAACAGUUAGAAAUUAAACCAUUGCUAGAUACUUUAAGGCUCGUUUACACUUGCAGUUUUUGCUGCGAUGUUUAAAGUGCGAUUUUCUUCUCCUAAUGGAUGUGAACGAGUGGAUAAGUUAUGAAUGUUCAGAUGAGGGUACAUGUGCUCCGAACAUCCGUAACUCUUCUAUAUUCGUUUACAUGCAUGAGAAGGAGAAAAUUGCACAAGAAGUUGUCGCAAAAAUUGGAAGUACGGGCCUUUUUUCUCAAAAUAUUGCCCGGCCACUGGCCCGGAUUUAUAAUAUAGUUACUUCGUUUUGUAAAAUAAUACCAUUUAUUGAAUAGUAAAGUUCAAAACUUGACAGAUCAAAAUUAAUAUAUAUUUGUACAGAUUUCUUCACCAUCCAAUAAAAUAAAUAGCUCUGAAAACACGCUUUAUUCGCUCCUAGUCAUGUUUAGGGAAUAUGCGCAGUUUUAUUAUGUUCCUUAUAUAAUCCUUAUUUUUUUCAGAUAUUGUUAACCGCAUUGACAGAUUACAUCCAGCUACUUGUUCAGUUUUGUUAACAAAACAUCCUUCAACACGCAGUGGAAUGUUUUAUAUCAGCCCUCAAGGACUCAGUUCAUCGCCAUUGGUUCAAGUAUACUGUGACAUGACUUCAAAGAGUGGUGUUGGUGUGACAGUGAUUGGACACAACAGUGAAUCGCGGACACGUGUGAAUGGAUAUGAAAGUCCAGGUUCUUACAAGCGAAAGAUUAACUAUGAUAUUUCCAUGGAACAUAUUGUUGCCAUUAUGAAGCAGUCCAAGAGAUGUGAACAAUUUAUAACGUAUAGAUGUCUUGCUAGCGUCAUAUGGCACGGUGGAUCUCAUUAUGCUUGGUGGGUAUCACGUCAAGGGCAACGGAUGAAUUACUGGGGCGGAGCGGCAAUCAACAGUGGAAAAUGUGCUUGUGGAAUGGCUAACAGCUGUGAUGGUGGAAGAAAAUGUAAUUGUGACAAGAAUGACAACUAUUGGCAUGAGGACAGUGGAUAUCUGACUGACAAGAAUACGCUGCCUGUUACUGAGCUGAGAUUUGGAGAUACAACAGGAAGUGAGACAGGAUACCACACAUUGGGAAAAUUGCGAUGUUGGGGUUAGGGUCGAAAAGAGGAUGUUCAUGGAUAGUGAACAAUCUGAACAAUAUUACGUCAUAACACAUAUGAUAAGUAACAUAGAAUGUAAUUUUGGUGAAAGUAGAUAAUCCAAGAAUAAUUUAAACAUAAAAAAACUAAAAGUUGAACUUCAUGCAGAACGUUAUUAUCAGCACACCGUGGGUGGUUAUUCACAUAAAUAUUUCAUAAUUUUUGGUACCGUUCUCAACAAGUUAUGGUCUAAU